CCCCCUCUCUGGUUUGCUUUGACACCGGCCGUCCAGCAGAUCCCCACAGAGCAGCCUGCCGUAUUCACAGAUCCCAGCUCUCCCAGUUCCUGUUUCCGCCGCAGCCUUUUACCCAAUUUUCUGGAGCAACACAUCUGUGCUGCCGCUGCGUCAGACCCGGUGUCCGCAGCCCCGGUCGGAUGCCGCUGGAAGCCGGUGUAUCAUGUCAAGGACACAACCCCAAUAGGAGAAACCUGUGGGACUGGAGAGAAACAACAAAGCGGCGUGGGACUAGCUGGUCAACACGGAGCUGGGUGGAGGGGAGGAGACAUCACCGUCAAAACAGAGACUUCGGAGCAUGCUAGCCAUGCUUUAGCACAUGCCAGAAAAGCUGGUUGAUUACUGGACAAACACCUACUGCCUUUUCUAACACACUCCUGAGGCACAAAACAACUAUCUCCCUCACAUCUGUCAUUUACUGUACACCACCCCUGCAACCAUGCAGAUGCCAAGGUUGGCGCUGUGGCACUUGUGGUGACGGGGCGCAGAGUGUGUGUGCACAUCCGGCAGGCAGGCCAGUGGGUCGUGGGUGUACAGGCACACCAAGACGCAUUUUUGGGUGGGCGAGGUUGCACCAUGCGGCCCUGGGCGGGUUCAUGGCGUUGGAUUACCCUGGUGCUGUUGGCCUGGGGCACGCUCCUCUUCUACAUUGGUGGUCACUUGGUGAGGGACAGCGAGCACCCGGAGCGCUCCAGCAGGGAACUCUCCAAGAUCCUGGCCAAGCUGGAGCGGCUCAAGCAGCAGAAUGAAGACCUGCGGCGCAUGGCCGAAUCGCUCAGGAUACCAGAGGGUCAGGCAGACAUGGGGUCCCUGGCUGCUGUAGGGAGGCUGCGCUCCCUGGAGGACCAGCUGACCAGAGCCAAACAGAAGAUCCACAGCUUUCAGAAACUCACUGGAGAUGGCCCUGGGCCCACUCAGGAGGAGCUGCGGAGGACGGUGGAGAACGGCGUUAAAGAGUUCUGGUACUUUGUUCGCAGCGAGGUGAAGAAAUUGGCCAACGCCGAGCUCAGCGAGAGGCAGAAGUAUACCGACACGCUCCUGCAGGACCUGGGACACCAGGAGAGGUCCAUCAUGACAGACUUGUACUACCUCAGCCAGGCGGACGGAGUGGGCGAGUGGAGAGAAAAGGAGGCUAAAGACCUGUCGGAUCUGGUCCAGAACAGAAUCACCUACCUACAGAACCCUCCAGACUGCAAGGCGAGAAAGCUGGUGUGUAACAUCAAUAAGGGCUGUGGUUAUGGCUGCCAGCUGCACCACGUGGUGUACUGCUUCAUGAUCGCGUACGGCACGCAGCGCACGCUCAUCCUGGAGUCCCACAACUGGCGCUACGCCCCGGGGGCUGGGAGACCGUGUGUCCUGCCCGUCAGCAACACCUGCACCGACCGCGCCGGGGCCUCCACCGGACACUGGUCAGGAGAGGCCCACGAUAAAGACGUCCAGGUUGUGGAGUUGCCCAUCGUGGACAGCCUCCACCCUCGGCCCUCCUACCUUCCCCUGGCCAUCCCCGAGGACCUGGCCCCGCGCCUGCACCGUCUCCACGGCGACCCCUCCGUCUGGUGGGUGUCCCAGUUCGUCAAGUACCUGGUGCGACCUCAGACGUGGCUGGAGAAGGAGAUCCAGCAGACCACCGCCAAGCUGGGCUUCAAACACCCCAUCAUCGGAGUCCAUGUGAGGAGGACGGAUAAAGUGGGGACAGAGGCGGCCUUCCACCCCAUCGAGGAGUACAUGCUGCAUGUGGAGGAGCUCCAACAUCUGGCCAGACGAGUCCACAUCGACAAGAAACGAGUUUACCUGGCAACCGAUGACCCCUCCCUGCUGCAGGAAGCAAAGACCAAGUAUCCAGAGUAUGAGUUCAUCAGUGAUAACUCCAUCUCCUGGUCGGCAGGCCUUCACAACCGCUACACUGAGAACUCGCUGAGAGGAGUCAUCCUGGACAUCUACUUCCUGUCUCAGACCGACUUCCUGGUCUGCACCUUCUCCUCACAGGUCUGCCGUGGCUAUGAGAUUAUGCAGACGCUGCAUCCAGACGCUUCCUCCUACUUCUAUUCCUGGCCGACAUCUACUACUUUGGCGGUCACAAACGCCCACAACCAGAUCGCCAAUCUACCCCCCACCAGCCGCGCAGCAGCGAGGACAUUCCCUGGAGCCCGGAGACUGAUCGGCGUGGCGGGAAACCACUGGGACGGAUACUCCAAAGGCCAUUUCAACCGCAAAAUGGGCCGCACUGGCCUCUACCCUUCCUACAAGGUCAAAGAGAAAAUUGAGAGCGGUGAAGUAACCGACGUACCCGAGGCUGGACAAACUGCUCAAUGCUCAAAAUAAGUAAAAGAAGAAAUGAAAAAAAUAAAGAAGCAAGGGUGUUGAGGGGGAAACACGCAGACUCCGAUUCCAGGGAAGGAGGCUGCUUUUGUACAGAAUACGAGGCGUACUUAGUGGCGCUAAGCUGCGAAGAAAAGAAGAGCCUGUACCCAGGGGUGAUGGGGAUGAGAAUGCACUCUUAUGUGAGAGCGUGUGUUUGUGUGUAUGCGUGCGCGAAAAUGUGUGUGCACUUGUGUAAAUGCCUGUGCAUAUGUCAGGUCAUGGAAGACUUGCACCCUACCACUGCUCCCCCUGCCGCGAUGCUCCGACGGUCGGCUCUGUAGAGAUGUAGACGUGAACAUUGAUUUUAAAUAAAGCAAGAAAACAAUUAAAUCUUCACAACUGACCGAGCUCGCUCACCUGAGACAGGACUGGGACCUACUGUAAGACUCGCACGCCGGAGUGAGCUUCGAAUCAAUGACUGAAAAAAAAAAUGAUGACAAACUGGACAAAAAGAGUUUUGAUUUUUAUUUAAUUGCUUUCAGUGGUUCUGAUUCUAAUCUUGCCUUUUUCUUUUCCCCUCCUGUCUUUAUUUUGUUUACUGAAUGUACUGUAUCCUUCUUCUUGCCAUGCUCACCGCUGCCCCAAGUCCCAUCACCCCCCCCCCUUCCCCUUUCCCACUCACUGUGCGUCCUCCAUCUCGUCUUUUCAUGUGCAAUUAAUUUAAAAAAAAUACCAUAUGUGCUUUUAUCAAGUGUUUUUAAACGGUCUUAAUUUUGUGCGUAUGGGGCUUGUGAUUGUAUUACUGUACAGUGUGUGUGGUGUGUGUCGUGUGUGGGUCCCGAGGAUGGAUGUGUGUGUGAGAUCAAGUGUGCCUGUGUGUGAUGUUUUAAGGGGCCAUGUGACGACCUGGUGCCUGAUUCAUGGUGAGCAGUGUGUUUUUAUCUAUUCUGGCUUUCCUCUGACUGAAUAGUGUUUGUAUGGCCACAGGGGACUGGCAGGUGACAGUGGGGACUGUCCUCAGCCCCCACCCCCAACCCCACCCACCACAGCACUUGGAACAAUGGUGAACUACAGUCACUCCGCUGGUGAAUGCUCUAGUGAACAAUGGUAAGAUUAUGUGGAGAUUGGUGAACUCAUGGUGCACGCACACACACAGACAACAGGAGCCGUCCCGAGGCUCACCAAAAGAAGCACUCCACUGAGAUAAUGUCCUUUUUUCAGCAUCUCUGCUCUCUUCUGUCCAUUUGUUUGUUUGUUUUUUUACUUCUAACAUUGCUGUUUUAAAAUAAAUAAGGAUGAAUAUGCCUGUUUAAAAAUGAUAAUGUCAUAUCAAACUCAGUCCCCCAUCAUGAAGGCUUUUUUAUCAUAACUUAUGUUCUUGGGCAUUGUCUUUGAUAACCACGGAUCGAAUAAACUUGAGAAACCAACACAACA